CCGGGCAGCGGCGGCACCGGGCAGCGGCGGCCCCGCCGGGUCCCUUCCUGCGGCCCCCUCCCCAGCCACGGCUGCUGCCGCCCGGGCCCGGCUGCCCGCAGCUGACAUGGCGGCCGCGGGCCCCUCCCGCGCUGGCGGCCCGGCAGCGGCCGCCCCUCCUCGGCCGGCCCGCAGCAGGGCGGUAGCGGCGGCGGCUUCCGGCCGAGCCCUCCUGCCUUCAACAAAGAUGGUGCUCCCCGCGCAAGCUCCGCGGGCGCCGGCGCGUCCUGGGUAGCUUCCCGCUCCCCUCGUGUUGCCAGAUGGAUGCCAGAGACAAGCAGCUUUUACGCUCCCUGCGCUUGGAGCUCUGCACAGAGGUGCUGGUGGACGGACUCGUUAUUCAGUAUCUCUACCAAGAAGGGAUUCUCACAGACAGUCAUGUUCAAGAAAUAAAAGCCCAAACCACUAGUCAGAGGAAAACCAUGAUGCUCCUUGAUAUUCUCCCCACCAGAGGACCCAAAGCUUUUGAUGUGUUCUUGGACUCCUUGCAGGAGUUUCCAUGGGUUAAGGACAAGCUGAUGCGGAAGCGUAAGGAAAUGACAAUACAAGAUCCUUCAGACUUCCCUGAAGUUGCACCGUGCAUUUUGAAGAUGUCACCAACAGAUCAGCAGCUGAACAAGCUGGCAAGGAGGCUGGGACCUGAGUGGGAGCAUGUAGCUCUGUGCUUGGGUUUGUCCCACACUGACAUCUAUCGAUGCAAAGUCAAUCACCCUCACAACCUGCAGUCACAGAUCAUAGCUGCAUUUGUGCUGUGGAAACAGCGCCUGGGGAAAAAAGCAACAAUCCAGAGCCUGCACUCCAGUCUGAUGGCAGAGGAAGUGGAUCCUUCAGUAAUACAGUACAUGCUUGAGUGAAGCCAUGCCAUUUAUUCAGAGCCUCCACGGGUUUUGUUCAAUUCAGUGAAGAGGAUGGAAAUGUAUGUUGAAGAUUGGAUGCUUCAAGCUGUAAAAAAAAAAUGGGGCUGGGAACUGCGAUUUUAUUAAGCUUAAACAUUCCAGUUUUCUGUGACAUCUUGUGAGUUGUAAUUCUUUUCAUGCCAGAUUAAUUUUUAGCAGGCAUUAAAAAAUGGAUCAUUC